AUGGAGCAAGUUCUUCAAGAUCAAGAUCCAGAAAACGCCGCUGCCGCCGGCAGGCUCCAUUUCCAAUUCCCCACCGCCGCCGACGGCUACAAGAUCCUCUACCAGAUCGGCGUCAGCGACCACAGCGUCGUUUACAAAGCCAUUUGCGAGUCUGCAAAUAACUCGGCCAAAGUCGCCGUCAAAGUCAUCGAUGUUGAUCGACAUGUCGACGAAUUCUUCGUCAUGAAAAUGAACUCCCUCUCCCUCAUUGAUCACGCCAAUAUCCUCAGCCCUCAUUGCUGUUUCACGGUUGAUCGCCGCCUUUGGACCGUCAUGCCCUUCAUCCACGCCGGCCCUCUUCAGGCCAUACUCGCCAACCGCUUCCCCAACGGCUUGCCGGACCAAUUCCUAGCCAUACUUCUCCAUCAGCUCCUCCGCAGCCUGAUAUGUCUCCACGAACUCGGAUACGUCCAUAGAAAUAUCAAGGCAAGUAAUAUCUUCGUCGACUCCGAGGGUUCUGUUAAGCUCUCGGAUCUUAAUGUCUACGUUGGUGAUGAUGACGACGACGAUUCCUCGGUGCCGUAUUGGGAUCCCCCAGAUGAAGAGUAUAGUUUCAAAUCCGAUGUUUGGGCCAUUGGGAUUGUGGCAUUGGAAGUGGCCUAUGGAUGCCCUCCAAUUUCGGAUUCAAGAACAAUAAGGUCUCAAUUGUUGAACAUUUCUCGGCGGUUUCCGUACAAUUUGAAUCUUGACAAGAUGUCUAGCAAGAGUGUCAUCGAUAGGAAAUUUGGAGAAUUGUUUAAGGAUUUUGUGAGUUCUUGCCUUGUUAAAGAUCCCUCAAAGAGGCCCUCGGCGGCAAGUUUAUUGGCGCAUCCAUUCAUCAAGAAAGGGGAGACUUCCAAUGUUCUAUUCAAGAGUAUUGCAAAAGACAUGGCUGGAAUUGAAGAUAGGUUUGAGAAGAACAAGGAUCGGCUUGUGGAGUUGAUGAAGAAGGAUAGGAGAGUGGAGGAUAAUAAUCGAGGGAAUGUCGUAAAGGUUAGCGGAUGGGAUUUUAACAACUUCUUGUUCGAGCUUGAGCCCGACGAGGAGUCGUUGGGGAAGAGAGUUCGGUUUCGCGGCGAGACGAUCAUUCCGUUGAGGGAUGAUCAUGUGAGUUUGAACGAAGCAGGCGAAGCUAGCAAAUUUAAUGUACCGUUGCUACUUAAACGAAUGGAUAGUUUGAGUUUGAGUGGGUUGAGCGGUCGAAUGGGGAGCCGAGCGGAGGAGGAGGUUCGGGUUAUGGAUAGCGAAACGCUGGCGAAGGUGUUGACGUCUUUGGUAGAGAGCAUUGAUCAGCAAAGGGAAGUGAUUAUGAUGGUGAUUUCUCAGUUUGGUCGUUUGUUAGAAAGAGACAUGGAGAUGACAAAGGAAAUAAAGAAGCUAAAGGCAGAGUUGGCGUACGAGAAAGAGAGAAGCUUUCAGUUAGAAUUGGAUUAUGAAGUUUUAAAGCUUAAACUUCCUGAUUCUGAGGAUGAAGACAAAUCUGAAAAUUGAAAUUGAUUAAGUAACAAUAGUUUCUCAAACUGAUCAAUCAAUGCCUUUCCAUUUUUUAUU